ACAGUGUCCAAGAUGAAUGAUAACCUGUUUGCCAGUUUGGACAGGCUUUUGUUGGAAUUUGUUUUCCAGUAUGAACAAGACAUAAGUAUUAAAGAAGAUACGAUUCAAAGAAUUAAUAAAUGCCUUGAAAGUAUUAAAGAAAAGAAAGCAAAUGUUUCUAAGCUACGUGAAGCUAUAACCAAAGUAGAUGAAGACAUUGCUUUUUACUAUAAACAUAGUAAAGAAAUCAAAGACAGCUGUAGUAACUGGAAGCCAACAUGUGAUGUUUUUCAUAAACAUGAAGAUUAUAUAAAAGACCAGCUUACUGCUUACCAAGAAACCAAUGAGAAAGACAAAAAAAUGUAUCAUGAUUAUAUAUGUCAGUAUGAAGAUGUUUUGAAACAAUACCAACUAAAAUACUCAGAAACACGUUUUUCAUGUAAAUAUUAUGAGAAGAAAAAAGAACAUGAAGAAAUUAAAAAUAGAGUGUUGGCAUGUACUGAACAACUACAAUUGAAUGAAACUAUUCUUAUGAAAUUUCUAGUGCCUGCUCCUUUCCCAUCUCUGACUAAAUGGACAUUAUACGUAGUUAAUUUGAGAUACAGAACACAAGAUAUUCUUAAAUGUGCCAACAAUUUUAUCAAAAGAUCGUUUGAAUUGGAAAAAGAAGCAGAUGAUGUGGAAAUAGAAAUUAAUUCUUUAAAUAAGAUGGCAAGACUUUUUGAAAAUAAAACAUUUUCAGAAGCUCUAGACGAAAAGAACAAAAAUACAGAAAAGAGAAAAGAAUUUGAAGAGAGAAUUUUUGAAAAUGAUGAGCAAGUAUCGAACAGAAGCUCUCAAAAUAGCCCGUUGUUACUGCCAUGUGAGUCUCAGAAAUUUGUAAGAAAUAUGAAUUCUUCAGAAGCAAGAAUUACAGAUAAAAAAGAAGAAAGUUCAGCCAAUCAGUCAAAGUUUGUUAGAAGUGAUGUGAGACAAAAAGAAAAUGAUCCACAGAUACUUAAUGACUCUGGUAUGGAUGGUAAUUCAGAAUCUUCACAUAUUCCAGCUGUUAAAAGUUCACAAGGUUUUAUGCAAUUCAGAUUGAAUCAACCAAAUUACAAUCAACGGAUUGAAAAAGAACAUAUAGAUGCUGAAUGUGGAGAUAAAGAGACAGUAAGACAAGUAAGAGAAUCAAAAUGUAGUACACAGGCCCUACACAUAGAACACUUUGAAAAGUCCAUAGAAAAUAAUAGUGUUGAAGAGGAAAGAGAUGAGAAUUUUCCUCAAACUCCUGAAACUCCUUCAUUUCUAAGAACUCCUGAAGCGCUGAAGACACCUGAAUCUAUGGAGAAAAUGCAGUUCCCUAAAAGCCCCUUCUUUGAAAUAACUAAAAAUGCAACAUCUGAAGGACAUAAACAAAAGGAUUCUCCUGGAUUUUCAUUUCUUAUGAGUUACACCUCUAGAUCACCUGGACUAAAUUUAUUUGAUUCUUCUGUAUCUGAUUCAGAAAUCUCAUCGGAUCAGUUUAAUGAACAUUACUCUGCAGUAAAUCUAAAUCCUUCUUCAUCACAACAAGGAAUUGGAAACUUAUUUGGAAAAUCAGAAGGAGAAGAUGCCUUCACAUUUUCUUUUUCAUCAGACUCUUCUCACACAUUUGGAGCUGGAAAAGAUGACUUUAGUUUUCCAUUUUCUUUUGAACAGGAUCAAAGCACAAUGACUUCUUCUUCCUCAAAAGAUUUUUCAUCCUCACAAAAUAAAACACAAUUUAUGUUUUUUUGA